UGAUCAUGUUUCCGGAAGAUGUCCCCUCAGUCUGUGAUUGGCCGCGCCGUGCAGCCGGUCACCACGUGUGCUGCUGUGUACGGCAAUGGCGGCGGAAUGGCCGGAGAUCGAGCGUGCGGAGCGGGAGAAGCGGCGGGAGCUGGUGCUGCAGGCGGCGGAUGAGCGGCUGCUGCUGUGCGGGGGGCAACUCCCGGACAGCCUCACCUCGCUCACCCUCCUAAAUUACCUGGAGGUGAGCGGCUGCGCGGAGCUGCGGGAGGUGCCGGCCGGCCUGGGCCUCCUCUCCCACCUGCAGAGCCUCAUCCUCUGCCGCAACGCGCUGCACAGCCUCCCCCCGGGCCUGGGCCAGCUGCGCGGCCUGCGGGUGUUGGACGUGUCCGGGAACCAGCUGGAGGAGCUGCCGGCGGAGCUGAGCCACAUGGCCGAGCUGUGCAGCCUGAACGUCAGCUGCAACCGGCUGCGGGAGCUGCCGCCGGGGCUGGAGCGCUGCACCAAGCUGGCCGGCAUCAACCUGUCACGGAACCUGGUGACCGCCAUCCCCCCGGGGCUGCUCGGUCCCCAGCUCCAGCUGCUGGCCUCCAUCGCCGCCGCCGACAAUCUCAUCGAGGAGCUGGACGGGAGCGUCGGGCUGCUGUCGGGGCUGAGGAACCUGGACCUCUCUAAUAACCGACUCACCGAGAUCCCAUAUGAGCUCGCAGACUGCACCAAACUGAAGGAAAUCAACUUCAAAGGCAACAAACUGAAAGAUAAACGUCUGGAGAAGAUGGUAAAUGGCUGUCAGACCAAAUCCAUACUGGAGUAUCUGCGGGUUGGCGGCCGGGGAGCAGGGAAAGGGAAAACAAAGGUUGACGGCGCAAUCAAAGAGGAUGCUAAGGAUAAGAAGAAGAAAAAGCAACGUAAGGAAAGUGAAGAGGAGGUGGAGGAUGUGAAUAAGAUGAUGCUGAGGGUCCUGCACAUAUUGGAGAACCCGGCUCCCCUCACUGUCACCGUGAGCGCAAACAUUAAAGACGUCCGUCCGUAUAUAGUCUGCUGUGUGGUGAAAGGGAUGAACCUGAGGCCUGGAAAUGCCCUGAAGCGCCUCUUAACUGCACAGACCAAGCUCCACGAAGACCUCUGUGAUAAAAGGACCUUAGCGACUAUUGCCACCCAUGAUCUGCAGCUGGUGAAGGGGCCGCUGCUGUAUGACGCCAGACCACCCAAGGAGUCCAAGAUUAUACCAUUGAAUCGCAAAGAGAUUAAUGCGAAGGAGCUUGUCCGACAACUGCAGUUUGAGGCCGAGGAGCAAAGAAAACAGAAAAAACGUCAGAAUGUGUCUGGACUUCACAGGUACCUUCAUUUAUUGGAUCGCAAAGAAAAUUACCCAUUCUUAGUAGAUGCCGAGAAUACGGUUAUAUCCUUCCCACCGAUCACGAACAGUGAGAAGACCAAGAUCCGUAAAUCCACCCGGGAGCUUUUAGUGGAGGUUACCAGUUCCAGCAGUUUGCAGACCUGUAAAGAUGUGAUGGACUCUCUCAUUGCUAAAAUGGCUGAGCUUAAUAAAUUCACCUUGGAGAACAAAGAGGAGGAGAUCAUUGCAGACAGAGAUCCGGAAGAUGAUUACGCUCAUGAGCAACCAGCAGCCAAUCAGAAUCCAGAGACCGAGGACAGCACCCAGCUCGUGCUAGAACAAGUGCGAGUGGCCGACAUCGACGGAAACCUCAAAGUUUUAUACCCUUCAAAAACUGACCUGGACUUAAGUUCGUCCUUUGUAAUUGUGCGUUAGCACCACACUUCCACUUGUACCGGACUGGUAGCACUUAACCUGCAGAGUCACAUUAACCAAUAAUACUUGGAACAUGUUUAAUUUAUUUUUUAUGCCCAUUUUGCCGGUGCCUGUAUGUGCUAUGGGAGUUGACUUCUUUGUAAUCAUUGUGCGGUUUUGGCCAAAAUAAAUUGGCAAUUUGAGAAGUG